UUCACUAGGCACUACGCGUUCUAUUCUUGCUCUCUCGUUCUCCUAUAAGGAUUAGGUCUCUAUCUCCUCCUCUUUCGUUUCUCUUUUAUAAUUCGGAAUUCUGCAUAAGUGAAAGGCUGAAGGAGAGGUUCUCAUCAAGAUCUUCGCCAUUCUAAGUUUCUAAUCCAUUGUAAGGGAGCGGGAAUGCUGUAAUGGAGUCCAAAGGUGGUCAGACGAAAUCCAGUACCAGUUCUUUGGAUUACGAAGUUCCCCUAGGCUACGGCAUUGAAGAUAUUCGACCCCACGGUGGAAUCGAGAAGUUCCGAUCUGCUGCUUACUCAAACUGCCUGAGGAAGCCAUCCUGACAACCCUUCAGAAAUCUUCGUCGGUAGAGUAGGAUAAUUUAGUUACUCUCUCUCUCCCCUUCUUAUCUGCUACUGCAACAUUAGCUUCCGAGUUUUUCAUUCACAACCGAAGCAAUGGCCGUUCUACUGGGUACUACUCAUUGCCCACCCUCGCCUUCACCAAUCGGGUUCGAAGGAUUCGAGAAACGUCUCGAAAUCACAUUCUCCGAAGCCCCCAUGUUUAUCGAUCCGCUAGGUCGGGGACUCCGAGCCCUUACUCGUGUCCAACUCGACUCUAUCCUUGAUGCCGCUUGCUGCACUAUUGUUGAUCAGCUCUCAAAUUCUGAAUUCGACUCAUAUGUUCUUUCUGAAUCGAGCCUCUUCCUUUAUCCUCUGAAGAUGAUACUCAAGACUUGCGGAACCACAAAGCUGCUGCAAGCGAUUCCACCGAUUCUCGAAUUCGCGAGUUCUCUCUCGCUCUCUGUUUCAUCUGUUAAGUACUCUCGUGGGACCUUCAUCUUCCCUGAUGCCCAGCCUUCGCCGCACGGUAGCUUCACUGAAGAAGUCGAGGUCCUUAACGGCUAUUUGGGUAAUUUGGCCUCCUUUGGGAGGGCUUACGUCAUCGGCGAUCCCUUGAUUCCAAAUUGGAACUGGCACAUCUACGCAGCCUCUCAGAACCUACCAUCGAAGACAGACGAUGAUGCUGAUCGUACGCCUGUGAUUACUCUGGAGAUGUGCAUGACUGAGUUAGAUAGGGACCGAGCCGCUGUUUUUUACAAGAAAUCGGAAGAUGACUCGGCCAAGAAAAUGACAAAACUUGCUGGAAUCGCCGAUAUAAUGCCGACUCAUGAGCUCUGCGACUUUGAUUUCGAACCGUGUGGCUACUCGAUGAAUGCAAUCGACGGUGGGGCUUUCUCGACGAUUCAUGUUACCCCCGAGGACGGGUUCAGCUACGCCAGCUAUGAAGCCAUGGGGUUCGACCCCGGUUCGGUUGAAUUCGAACCGCUUAUCCAACGUGUUCUGAGGUGCUUCCGCCCGGCUCAGUUUUCCGUUGCUGUGACGAGCUUUGGUGGGACUGGCACGUGGGGGGAAGACGAUGUUGUGGAAGGGUACGCGUGCAGCAAUGUUGUGAAACAGGAGCUUCCCGGUGGAGGGUGCGUGGUGUACCGUUACUUCACGGUGAAGGAGCAGGAGUGCGCAUUGUCCUCACCUAAAUCUACACUCCAUUGCUGGGAAGACCUGGUAGAAGAAGUGGAGCUUUUUGAUAAGAUGAAGGUAGAAGAAGAAAGCGGCGCCAUAUCUGCGCUUGCGUGUCCCUGUGUUUCUGUAUUUUAAUUUGGGUCCAGCUAGUUAGGUUCAAUAUGGUCCAGUCCGGCCAGUGUUAAUUUCGUAGUUUACUUUGAAGUUGGGGUGGGGUUUUCUUUCUUAUAAGCUUUCUUCACAGAGGCAGGGUUGGGUUGUUCUUUCUUCAUGUAAUAGCUUAUUUGGAAAAAAUAAAGAUUGGAAUGGACCUUAUUUGUCAA